AUGGGUUAUUUGGAAUGGCUGGACAUAUGCAUCAUUGUUGCUUAUUUUGUGGCCAUUCUUUCAGUUGGACUACUGGCAACUUACUAUGCAAACAAAAACAGUUCGCUCGGAUUUUUCUUGGCCGGCAAGUCAAUGACAUUUAUCCCAUUAGCGGGUUCCAUAUUUGCCAGCAACAUGGGGGCUCCGAACGUGGUGGGUCUCAGCGGGUCAGCUGCUGCUUCAGGGUUUGCUCCCGUCAUGUUUGAGUGGCAAGUCAAAAACGUCCAAAGGACCUUGAAUGAAGCCAGUGAAAUAAAAGAAAGAGAAAGGAAUUUAGUGAUUUUCAACUUGCCAGAGAAAGAAAAUCAAAACGAUCGUGAACUUGUGAUGAAGAUAUUCAAGCACAUUUCAAAAGACAUGUCAGAUAAUGGUAUUGAGAAGGUCUUUAGAUUGGGUAAAAAGAAUGAAUCGGUGAUUCGUCCGGUCUUGAUAAAGUUAGAUAGUCUAGGUACGAAGUGGGAUCUUUUAAAGCAUGCUUUUAAAAUUAGGUCAUUGGAAGAUAACUUAAAGAACAUCAGAUUGUGUAAUGAUUUGACGCGCGAGCAAAGGAGUGAACUGAAGAAUUUGGUGACUGAUGCUAAAGCGAAAGAGGCGGCAUGUCAACAAGGUUUUUUAUACAGAGUAAGGGAAAUGGUUGGAAGGUGGAAGAUCAUAAAGUUCAUGAAGGGGACGGAAAAUUAG